AUGGCUGAAAAAGAGAAGAAAGAUAAGAAAGAGAAGAAAGAAAAAGAUCCAAAGGACAAGAAGGAGAAAAAGGAGGAGAAAGAUGAUAAAAAAGAUAAGAAGGAGAAGAAGAAGCGACGAGAUGAAGGUGGUCUAGACUUGUGGGCAUCCACAGUGGACAACACGGGCUCCUUCGCCGGAGCCAAUGCUUAUGGCGGCCCCAAGGCGCCACAAGAUAAGCGCGAAAAGGAGAUAGCGAAGGAGAAGGAGAUUAAGAAGGAUGCAGAGACGAAGAGCUUGAUCGGAGUGAGCGACGUGAUCACUGCAACACUCAAGAAGCAACACGAGGCCUCCAGGAAGGAAGCUGAAAAGCGAAACAAGGCAAUAAAGGCAGCUCGGAAAGUUCGACGCUCAGAACUUGACUUGGCUUUGGCAGCUCGAGUCUCCGUCUCUGAGGAGCAAGAGACCAAAGAUGAAGCAGAUGACACGACAAGAGCGGCCUCGGAAAUUUCAUGGUGCCGCGCCCGGCCUGUUCGCACUCUCGACGUGCCACUGGCGAGUCGUCGGUCACAGGAGAAGACGGAAGUUAUGGACAUCAUGAAGAACACCGUGAAAACAGCCGUCUCGCAAUCGGGGGUGUCAACGAGAACCUUCAUGGACGAGAAGCUCUACACCAAUGCCCAAGCCAAAUUCGAGUUUCGAAAGUUCGCCCCAGAGGAGCCAGGAGUCAAGCUGACUCUGCUUCGACCGGCGACCGUGUACGUGGCUUUGAGCAAGGCUCCAAAUGAGGAUGACCCAUUUCUGAGGACCUGGCAGGCCAGAAGCAGGGCGUGUAGGCCUGAGUUCUCCGAAGAUAUUGCGCCUAUACACGAGGUCAAGAAGAAGGUCUACCGCGACCCAGACAAUAGAAACAUUGAAGUUCCGAAGCCGCCUUCUGGACUAGAAACCUGCUUGGUGUUUGUCCUGCCAGACUUUCAUGCGGAGAUGUUUGGAGAGGAGAAGUUGUCAGAAGAGGAACUUCAAGAGAAGCCACUCCCCAAGACCAAAGCAGGGGCAUGGCUCACUGAAUUUACUCCAUCUUGCUACGUCGGGUCUCCGGUUAUUCACGGUUGUGGUCUGGUGGUCAAGCGCGGUUGGGUGGAGCUCUUGAGGCCUGUGUCAGAUAACUGCGGUCGCUCGAACAUCCGGUAUGGUUGCCGCAGUUAUGGCACAGUCGGUGACACGGCCUUGUCUGCCAGCUUGGAGUUUUUUGAAGCAGAAUCCUUAUUGUGGUUCGAAAAGUUGCCUGGGUAUCCCGGGUCUAUGGCUGGACUGAGGGAUUUGCUUUCUUUGUGUUGGGGCGACCACUGCUCGGAAGAGGAAGCGCCAUCCAAGGCUGAUGAAAUCGAGGCAAUCCUCAAGAAGGUGGAAGCUGGAGAGAAGCUGUCGAACAAGGAGAUGAUAGCCACGAAUGUCGUGUACAAGAACGAGGACGAUGAACCGGUGGGUGGAAUGAAUGCUUUUAGCAUCAUCCUUGAGGGUGGCAAGAACGAGCCUCCGCCUUCUGGCGAUGCUUUCGUCUGCAACAACUUCACGCUCUCGGCGCCGAAGCAGACUUUGUUCGACAACGCGAGCAUCACCAUCGUUCAAGGCCACCGCUAUGGCAUCCUCGGACCGAAUGGUCAGGGAAAGACCACGUUGCUGCGGCACAUCGCGGCGCGUGAGAUGCCGGUGCCGGUCAAUUGGGACGUCAUUCUGGUGGAACAGGAAGCGAAAGCAACGGAGCGGUCUGCAGUUGAAGAAGUGCUGGCAGCGGACAUCAGGGCGGCGGAGCUGAUCAAGAGAGAAGAAGACCUGCUUCAGAAGCUGGAGGACAUGGAGACAGCCAUGGAGAAAGGAGAGGAGGUCUCCGCAGAAGAUUUGGAAAGGAUGCGCUCUGAUCUCGAGAACACCUCUGCAGAGCUGGAGGCCAUCGGUGCAGAUUCUGCUGAAGCUAGAGUUCGAAAGAUUUUGUGUGGCUUAGGAUUCACAAACGGCCAUCCAGAUGAAGACCGGUUUUCAAUGGACAGGCCUGUGGUGCAGUUUUCGGGAGGAUGGCGAAUGAGAAUCAGUUUAGCGAAGGCGCUGUUCUUGCAGCCAAAGCUGCUGAUGCUAGAUGAGCCAACAAAUCACUUGGAUUUGGAUGCAGUUUUGUGGCUGGACACCUACCUGUCCGAGCACUAUCCCCACUCUGUGGUCGUUGUGUCGCACGAUGCCGACUUCCUCGAUAGCAUUUGUACAGACAUCUUGCAUUUGGAGGACAGAAAGCUGGUGCACUACCGCGGCGAUUACACAGCUUUCAAGAAGAUGCACCUGCAGAAGCGGGCGACGUUGGACAAAGAGUACAAGAAGCAGCAGGACGAGCUCAAAGCUUUGAAGAAGAAAGGGAAGACAAAGGAUGAGGCUGAAGCUCUUGUGAAGAACAAGUUUGGAAUUGAUGCCCUCGACGGACUCAUGGAAAAGCACAAGGAUUACGUUGUGAAAUUCAAGUUUGAGGGCCAUGGAAUGGACAGAUCACUGGGACUCAACGUUUCAGAAGUGGCAUUCAGCUACAACGGCAAGGAGCCGUGGCUGCUUGACGAAGUAGAAAUCGGCGUGGAUUGUGGAUCGCGCAUUGCAAUCGUUGGCCCGAAUGGAGCUGGAAAGUCUACGCUCCUUAACCUGAUGAUGCAACACCUUGAGCCCUGUGUUGGCGAUGUUGCAGUAUCCAAGGGGAUUCGUAUCCGUCAGUACCACCAGCACUUUGAAGAGCUUUUGCCCUUAGAUAAGACUGGCAUCGAGUACCUCACGGACGAGUUUAAUCUUGGCCCACCGGAGAAAGCCCGAGCUGUGCUAGGACAAUUUGGGCUGCCAGGAAGCUCCCACUUCACAAAGAUUGGAAAUCUGUCUGGAGGCCAGAAAGCUCGUGUAGCUUUUGCUGCGCUGAUGCUGAUGAAGCCUCACAUCAUUAUCUUAGACGAGCCGACGAACCAUCUGGACAUUGAAUCUGUUGAAGCAUUAACGACAGCUAUCGCCAACUUCAAUGGUGGCUUGGUGUUGGUGAGCCAUGAUGCCAGACUCAUCACGGAAGUUGACUGUGAGCUGUGGGUGUGUGAGGAUGGCGGUUGCUAUCGAUUCGAGAAGGACUUUGAUGGAUACAGGGACAAAGUCCUGCACCAGCUGGAAGAACGUCAGGCUGAAGUGGAGCGGAUGGAACAGAAACGUCGAGAAGAACGAGCGAAGAAGCGUGCCAAGCACGUUUCAGAAGAGCAGCUCAGAGCCGCCAAAGACCGCAAACAGGCGGCACGGGCGACAUCCGACUCCAAGGAUGCCGAGAAACGCGCGGACUGA